UUUGAGAGUAGAGUAGUAUAAAUUUUCCAAGGAGGAACAUGGUAAUAACAUUCUAAACGAGUUGUCGAGAUGACAGAAAAGACGAUUUUAGACAUUCCAGCUCGGAAGGUAUUUAUUAGGCAACUUACAAAACUUACACUUAUUCGGAAACAACAACAGUGUGAUGAUGAACAAAAGUUAUUUAAAUGGUACAUAAAAAUGAAGAACAAAAGUUUUACUGUUGGAUUAGUAUGGAUACAGGGUUUGAUUAUACAGGUUAACAACCAGCAAGACUCUAUACUACUUGAUGAUGGGUCAGGUGUAGCUGCUGUAAGUGAUGUUCAAAAGGCACCUGGAGCAGGAGAUUGGAUCAAACUUGGACAAUACUGUAUGGCUCUUGGAGAUCUUCAAGAUAACUCUGUUAUUCCUUCUGUAAGAGCUGUGAAACUAAUGAACCUACAGAGUGAUGUAGAUGUAGAGACACUGUGGAUAACUGAAGUGUUAGAUUUAUGGAGCUAUUUGGAUCUGUAGCAAGAUGUCAGAUAUUGGACUUGGAACAUUACCCAGUGUACUAAUUGGCAAGCAACUCGGCUGUAAGCUUGAGGGCUUAUAUAACCCUAAAAAUGUGGAGUUCAGUAUCCUGCAGUGGACACAGUAGAGAUAGCACAUUGUGUAGCUUUGCAUUUAACACAAAUUUCCUUACAUAAAUACAAUUCAAAACUGCAUGUGAUAACUUAAUAUUUCACACACUUAACGUUUUGAUGAAAUGAGGUAUUAAAGAUGAGUACAUGAUACGGUGUAUAUUUGCCCCGUGGAAAUAGGUGGGUCAAAGUGUGUACAUUUAAAAUUUAAUUAUACUACUUUCUUAUCAAUGUAGUUUAUGAGUCAAAUUUGAUAUUAUUUCAAGUUUUGAUUUUUGAAACUGAAUCUUAGAAUCAUGCAACAUGGUGGUGCUGUAACUUCUCAUUUAUUUAUUUUUCUAUUCCUUUAUGAAGGCUUCAGGUCAUUCAACCAAUUAGAAACAUGUACUAUAUUUAAAAUAUUACAAAGCUAGAGUAAAAAAUUUGAACUUGUCUUUUUUCUUACUAAGAUAUCACUGUAAUUGUUCAACCCCACUCUUUUCUGUCCAAUACUCUCCAACAUUGCUAUUGUACAUCUUUAUAUCUGAACUACAUAAAUCAGAAGCUUGUUUCAUUUUAGAGCUCAAAGCCAAAGUUGGUAAUGAAAGCUUGUAUUUAUGCUAAAGAUGUUGUACGAAACAGUAAUGGAAUUUUAACCUAUUUAUAGGUUAGUUAGAAAGCCAGGUAAAUUAUAGUAGUUUUGGGACACUUUUAUUUUAGUGGCUGGUGUAUUUUUUGUUCUAAAAUGUAUACUUGAAAGCUGCAUGAAAGCUUAAUAAGUCACACACCAAAGUGCUAAAUUUUAUGUAUAUAUGUUUUUAGAAAUGUAAGUAAAUUGUGAAACUUAACACAUUAAAAAAGAAAACAAUUAAAUAAAACAUUUGAUACAAUUACUCGCUUGUGAAAAACACAAUGUACAGUUUGACGUCAUGUGAGGUACUCUUGACACUUUGUUUUCCCUAAGCUCUUCGCUUUCCUUCCAGGUGAUUUAUUGGUUGACAUGGUACUGAAUGCAGCUCAAAAUACAGUUAAAAAGCAAUAAAACAAAAGAAACAACAUAUGAAAAAGUUAGAAACCUGAAACUUUUAAAGCUAAGUAAUUGUCUGUUACAAUCUGCAGUCAUCCU